CCUGAAGCAAUUUUUGAGGAAAGUGAAAGUGAGAGCGGUGAUUGGGUGUAGCUGCUACUGAAGUGAAGCAGAGGAAUGACCUCCAUCGCGAUGCACCACCCGUCCGAUGCGGAUCUGCAAGCAGCCUUCUCAGGCCAUCCCCCUUCCUCUUCUCCCCCUCCCCCUCUGCCCUACGGCACAGCAGGCUUCCGCGCAAACAGUGCCGUCCUCCUGCACGCCAUGCACCGGUGCGGCAUCUUCGCUGCACUGCGGGCCGUCAAGACCAACCAGACUGUCGGGGCGAUGGUCACGGCGUCGCACAAUGUGGAGCCGGACAACGGCAUCAAGCUCGUCGACCCGACUGGCGGCAUGCUGGAACAGUCGAUGGAGCCCAUUCUGACAGAGUUUGUCAAUGCAGACGAUGCUGUCCAGGGCCUGCGGCGGUUGCUCGAGAAGAUUGAAGCACAGCCAGGAGUGGCCAAUGGUGGCGGGGGGCGAGUGGUGGUCGGGCAGGACACCCGGCAGUCGUCGGAGAGGCUCGUCAAGGCGGUCAAGGACGGGGCUCAGCUCAUGGGAGUGGAGAGCAUCGUCGACCUGGGUGAGGUGACCACGCCCCAGCUGCACUUCAUUGUGCAACAGUGCAAUGCCGCUGGAGCUGAGGGGCGAAGGAUAGGCGAGUCGGUCUACUUCGAGCACUUUGGGGGCGCCUUUGCCAGGUUCUGGUCGCUGCUGCCGCCCUCCCCCUCCCCCGCCCCCGCCCCUUCAUCCCUCUAUGUCGAUGCGGCAAACGGCGUGGGUGCCCUGAAGAUCGCUCCGCUAGGCGAGCACCUCAGCGCCACGCUCUCCCCAUCCCCUCUCUCGCUGUCGCUGCUCAACGACGGCACGCAGCCGACAGACCAGCUCAACGAGGAGUGCGGUGCUGAGUACGUGCAGAAGAUGCAAAGACUGCCGCGAGGCUUCGACGCUGCAGAGAUGGUGGGCAAGAGGUGCUGCUCGAUGGACGGCGACGCCGAUCGGCUGGUGUACUUCUCUCCGGGCGGGGAGUCGGACCACCUCAUUCUGUGUGACGGUGACAAGAUGGCCGCCCUCUACUGCACUGCCAUUCAGCGGAUGCUGGCCGAGAUCGACCUGCAAGACAAGGGCAAGGGCCUGCGGGUGGGCGUUGUCCAGACGGCCUACGCCAACGGCGCCUCCACCGCCUUCCUUGAUCAGCUGCCUCACGUGGAUGUGAGGUGCGUCAAGACGGGCGUCAAGCACCUGCACAGGGCAGCUGAGGAAUACGACGUCGGGGUGUAUUUCGAGGCCAAUGGCCAUGGGACGGUGCUGGUGAAGCGGGAAAGGCUGGGCGAGUGGGCAAGCGUGGUGGAGGGGCGCGACGAGAGAGCCUACGAGAGGUUGGUGGCCUUCCUGGGUAUCUUCAACCAGACGACUGGGGACGCACUGGCCGACCUCCUGGCCACUGAGGCGGCACUCAAGUAAAGAUGAGAGGAGGCUGAUCUGAUGUCUUCUGCACACCCCUUUGUUCUGUCUGUCUGUCUACAGGUACCUCAACAUGUCAUUUGCUGACUGGGCGGCCCUCUACACAGAGUUGCCCUGCAGACAAACCAAGGUCACCCAACAGAUCCACGGUCCACACACGCGCUUUGUUUGUCCAUUGUUCAUUUUGUGUGUUCGUCCGUCCAGGUGGCGCUGCCCCGGUGGGUCUUGAAUCGCCUACAGCCCCACCCAGAGCACGAGAAGACCCUCACCCAGCCCACUGAGCUGCAGGCAAGGGAAACCACGGCUGCCUCACCCACACAAGCAUCCAUCGGGCACGUGUCGUGCUGUCACUCAGGCAUCAGUCGACACCGCCGUCUCCUCACUCAUCGCCCAGCACGGGGAUGGCUACAGUGCUCGGGCGUUCAUCCGCCCGUCGGGCACUGAGGACGUGUGUCGGCUUUAUGUGGAGGCCACCACCGCCGAGGGAGCAGACCGCCUCAGUGACGAGCUGAAGGCGAAGAUCAGUCAAUUCGGUGCACAGAUGGCCAAAAGCGUGAUGAAAUGACAAAGCCAUUUUGUAGUGGGG